CACUCCUCAGGGCCUGAGGGCUUGGGGAGCACGGCAGGAAAAGGCUGAUCCUCUGGGGUGGAGGGGAAAGUUGGGAUUUGGGAUGCAGGAGAAAGCUGCUCCUUGGGAUGGAGGAGAAAGCUGCUCCUUGGGAUGCAGGAGAAAGCUGCUCCUCUGGGAUGGAGGGGAAAGUUGGGAUUUGGGAUGCAGGAGAAAGCUGCUCCUCUGGGGUGGAGGGGAAAGUUGGGAUUUGGGAUGGAGGAAAAAGCUGGGAUUUGGGAUGGAGGGGAAAGCUGCUCCUUGGGAUGCAGGAGAAAGCUGCUCCUUGGGAUGCAGGAGAAAGCUGUUUGUCUGGGAUGGAGGGGAAAGCUGGGAUUUGGGAUGGAGGGGAAAGCUGCUCCUUGGGAUGGAGGUGGAUCAGCUCCUUUCCCUUCCUGGGCUCAGCCAGGCUGGGAUUUGGGAUCAGGACCCAGCCUUUAUUCCCCAAACCAGGCUGGGAUUUGGGAUCAGGACCCAGCCUCUAUUCCCAAACCAGGCUGGGAUUUGGGAUCAGGACCCAGCCUUUAUUCCCAAACCAGGCUGGGAUUUGGGAUCAGGCCCCAGCCUUUAUUCCCAAACCAGGAUGGGAUUUGGGAUCAGGACCCAGCCUUUAUUCCCCAAACCAGGCUGGGAUUUGGGAUCAGGCCCCAGCCUUUAUUCCCCAAACCAGGAUGGGAUUUGGGAUCAGGACCCAGCCUUUAUUCCCCAAACCAGGCUGGGAUUUGGGAUGAGGACCCAGCCUUUAUUCCCCAAACCAGGCUGGGAUUUGGGAUCAGGACCCAGCCUUUAUUCCAAACCAGGCUGGGAUUUGGGAUCAGGACCCAGCCUUUAUUCCCCAAACCAGGCUGGGAUUUGGGAUCAGGACCCAGCCUUUAUUCCCCAAACCAGGCUGGGAUUUGGGAUCAGGACCCAGCCUUUAUUCCCCAAACCAGGCUGGGAUUUGGGAUCAGGACCCAGCCUUUAUUCCCCAAACCAGGCUGGGAUUUGGGAUCAGGACCCAGCCUUUAUUCCCAAACCAGGCUGGGAUUUGGGAUCAGGCCCCAGCCUUUAUUCCCCAAACCAGGAUGGGAUUUGGGAUCAGGACCCAGCCUUUAUUCCCAAACCAGGCUGGGAUUUGGGAUGAGGUCCCAGCCUGUAUCCCCACACCAUUCCCAGAUCCCUCCUCUCCCU